CAGUAAUUCACUAUUCGUGUAUUCCCCUUCUCGAUCUUCUUGUAGCAGUUACCUAGUAUCCUUAUCAUGGCACAACAUGAUGAGGAAGAGUCCCUUGGUUUCCCGUAUGAUGUUUUCUUGAGUUUUAGAGGGGAAGACACAAGGGAAAAAUUUAUAGGGCAUCUUCGUAGCGCGUUGUCCCGAAAAGGGAUAAUCACUUUCAUCGAUGAUAAGAAUCUGGAGAUGGGAGAAAGCAUUUCACCUGCUCUCUCCAAAGCCAUUGAACAAUCUAGGGUUUUUAUCAUUGUGUUUUCUGAGAACUAUGCAUCUUCCAGAUGGUGUCUUGAUGAACUUGUGUUGAUCCUACAACGGUCCAAGAAUGGGCACAAGAAACAACGUGUUUUCCCAAUAUUUUACCAUGUAGAUCCCUCGGAUAUAAUGAAUCAGAGUAACCGUUAUGGUGAGCACAUGAUUGCACACCAAAACAAGCUUGGCAAAGACUCCCAAAGAGUGAAGAAUUGGAGGUCAGCUUUGACUGAAGUGAGUGGCUUCCCGGGCGACCAUUUCACCACCGGAAGCCUCAAGUCUGAAAUCAUUUUGAUUGAAGAGCUUGUAGAUAAGGUCUACAAAAAUAUAGCUCCUAAACAUUUAAAUACCGGGCAGAACCCUGUUGGACUUGAACCACGCAUAGAAGAGGUAAAGUCAUUAUUAGAGAUGAAGCCUGGUGAUAAAACUGUAUGCAUGUUGGGCAUAUACGGACUUGGGGGAAUAGGAAAAACAGAACUUGCCAAAGCUUUGUAUGACAAGAUUGUGGGAGAUUUUGAUGCUGCAUGUUUUCUUGCCGAUGUUAGAGAGAAAUCAAACAAAAUCAAUGGCUUGGAAGACCUACAGAAGACACUUUUAUCAGAGAUGUUAGAGGAGUUAGAAACUGAGUUGGGUAGUACAAGUAAAGGAAUGUAUCAAAUAAAACGCAAGCUUCAUCAAAAGAAAGUUCUUUUAGUUCUUGAUGAUGUUGAUGACAAAGAUAGAUUAGAAAAGCUGGCAGGAGGAUGUGAUUGGUUUGGUUCAGGUAGUAGGAUCAUUAUAACAACGAGGGAUAAAGAUGUGCUAAUUGCUCACAAAGUUGAGAAGAUUUAUGAAAUGAAAGAGCUUGAUGAACAACAUUCUCUUACGCUCUUUUGCCGGAAUGCCUUCAAACUAAGCCAUCCUAAAAUAGGCUUUGAUAAUGUGUCUUUGCGUGCAGUUGGUUUUGCCAAGUGUCUUCCAUUGGCUUUAAAAGUAAUAGGCUCUGAUUUGGCUAAUCUUCAUGAAGAAAGUUUAGUUGCUUGGGAAGAUGCAUUAGAAGAAUAUAAAAGGAACCCUCCAAGUAAAAGGAUUCUAGAUAUGCUCAAAAUAAACUAUGAUAGAUUGGGUGACAAUGCCAAACGGGUUUUCCUAGACAUAGCUUGCUUCUUCAAAGGGGAGAGAGUAGAAUAUGUUAAAAAGAUACUUGAGGAAUUUGGUGCAUCAAACAUUAAUGUACUUGUUAAUAAAUCUCUCCUAACUAUCGAGAAUGGUUGCUUGAUGAUGCAUGAUUUAAUACAAGAUAUGGGUAGAGAAAUUGUUAGGCAAGAGACAUCAAAACUUGGGAAACGUAGCAGAUUAUGGCAUUAUGAAGAUGUUAUCGAAGUAUUAACCGAAGAUAAUGGAAGUGACAAUAUUCAAGGGAUAAUGCUUGAUCCUCCCCAACAAGAAGUAGUAAAUUGGACUGGUAUUGCCUUUGAGGAAAUGAAAUGGCUUAGAAUUCUCAUUAUUCGAAACACAUUAUUUUCAUGUGAGCCUAAACAUCUGCCAAAUCAUUUGAGGGUGCUUGAAUGGGAAGAAUAUCCUUCAGAGUCUUUUCCAUCAAAAUUUCAUCCAAAGAAAAUCAUUAUCUUCAAUUUACCUAGAAGCCAUUUAACAUUGGAAGAACCAUUUAAGGAAAUUUUAGAGUUCCCAUUUAUUCAGAAAGUAGAUGCAAGACAUACCUCCUUAACCACAUAUACAUCAGACAUGUUAUGGUUUCAGGCAGCAAAAGGGAUGCGUGAAUUAGAAAUAGUGAUGCCUCAAACCGAGAUUCCAGAAUGGUUUGAUUUCAUUGGCAAUGGAGAGAAUCCUCGUUUCUGGGUUCGUUGCAAGUUCCCUACUUUUGCUUUAGCAUUGGUUUUCCAGGAUGUGACAGGAUCGGGGAAACAAGGUCGCCAUCAAGUUCUUCAGCUCCAACUAGUUAUCAAUGGUCAACGUGUUUCUCGUAAAAACCACAAGUUCAAAAUUGCACCAGAUCAUGUCUUAAUUUGUGAUCUACGACUUUUAUUCAGUGACGAGGAAUGGCUUAGCCUUGAUGCAUUUCUCGAGCAUGAGUGGAAUGUGGUGCAGGUUUCAUACGAAGCCUCUCCCUCAUUGACACUGAGUCGGUGGGGAGUUUAUGUGUAUGAAGAAGGAGCCAACAUGGAACAUGUCCAAUUCAUAUGUCCUGAUCCCAAGUAUUUGGACAUGCCACCAAAAGUAGUUCCUACAGAAGAAGAUCAGGAUCCUAAGAAGGUGGUAGAGAAUUUUCGCACCGACAAAGUGUUUGAAUCGACCAAGCUUGAAAACAUGGACUCUUUAAUUAAAGAGGAGGGUAAGGAUGAAUUAGAAUCCGAAGGCUCAGAUUCAGAUUCAGAAGACAUAGAUUCCUUCUUGAUGACAAUUUUCCUACAAGAAUACUAUGCUUCAGCCCCUAGCGUUCUUGAGGAUAAAAACGAUGUUCAGCAGCAGAAAGAAAAAAGGAGGAAAAUAUUCUCUGAUGGAGUAAGGGAUGGACUUGUUGAAGCACAAAAGAACUGUCCUUCCAUAAAUGUUGUCAAAACAAGAAGUGUUGCCUUAAUAAAAGGUACCAAGGUUCGAUGGAUUUCCGAAGAGCUACCCGAGGUUGUGAAGUUAUACAUUGGAGGAGUUAUCAGUGGACUCUUGGAAGCAAAGUUGAGAUUUCCUAAUUUGGACGUGUCAGAAACAAUAAGUCCGUUGUUACAUAAAGUAGGCAUGAAAGGCCUCCUUGUUGACAGAUUUGGUCAACCACGGUUGCAUCUGAUCCAACAUUUGAAUAUGGAUUAUGGGCAGCAACCAUUAACGAGGUACAUCUAUCAUGAUGGAAUUAUGGAUGGACUUUAUGAAGCUCAGAAUAGCUUUCCUUCUCUAGAUAUUAUUGAAACAAAAAAUGUUGCCUUAGACAAGAUGGCUAGUUGGAGUAAAUCAGUAUUGGGUGAGGAUGUAGUGCAGGUGUUACCCACGGUUGAAACAAGGAUAUACUCUGAUGGAAUUGUCGGUGGACUCGUUGAAGCAAAAAAAAGCUUUCCUGAUUUGAGCAUCAUAGACAUUGUAACUGCCGUGUUAUGUAGGGCAGGCAUUAUUGAAGCAUAUUUUGUAGACGACGAGACCGAAAGUUUUCAUUAUCAGAAUCUCGCGUUGAAGCGAGUAAAGGAUAGAGGGAAGGGACCAAUGAACGUGGGAGAAGCUUCAACCUCUGGUCAUGAGGGAAGUGAGGAGGAACAAGGCAGCAAUCCUCAACAGGAAGAAAUAAUGAGGGAAAUAUUCUAUGAAGGAAUUACGGAUGCACUUGUUCAUGCACGAAAUAAAUUUCCUUCUCUGGAUAUUGAUAAAACUAGAAGUGCUGCCUUUAACAAGAAGAUAUAUGGUCAUAGGGCUUUAUGGUCAUUCACACAAUUAAAAGAUGGAUUGUACCCACGUAACCCACCACCCUCGCUUGAACUGAAGACAUACAUGGAAGGAAUUGUGAAUGGACUCCUUGAAGCAAAGUUAACCUUUCCGGAUUUGGACAUAUGGGCAACACUAGAUACCUUGGAUAGUCAAAGAUUUAAAGCGUCUAUUGUGUCACUACCUUCGGUUCCAGAAUUGGAUUGGACUAACGUGAUACCUCCCCCUCCCUUGCAAACAUCCACCACGAUGAAACAACAAAGUUCGAAAUCUGAUGGUGAGAGUAAGUUGAAGGAGGAACACGAAGCAUUGCGCAAAGAGUUUGUACAACUUGAAAGUGAAGAUACUGCUUUGAAUAAAGAUAGUGACGCAGCUAAUGAUGAAUUGAUUCAGAAACUCAACAGUCAAGCUGAUGAGUUUGUUUCAAAGAAGGUAGAUUGUACUAGUGGCACGAGGAUGCACUCAGACAAUGGUUGCAAAUGUGGGAGAAAGUAUGAGAAGGUGAGUACUGUUUUGAAAGGAAAAGUUGAAGAAUUAGGGAGGCUAUAUGAUAUUGAAAUUGAAAGCUACCAGAAUUCAGAGGAGUUUCAAGAUCUGAUGAAAGCGGUAUACUUGAACGGACAAAAGGAUGGAAUCGUUGAAGCACAGACCCUCUUAUUUGCUCAAGACAUGGACACAAAAACACCAUUGUUUAAGGAGAAUGAGGAACAUGUUAUUGAUGAGGUUGUUGAUGAUGAAAUCCUAAAUGUAGCAGGUGUUCCCAGUCCUACUAGUCCAGAUGCUGUCAAUGACAACCCCCAUCCCGAGUCUUAUAAUCUUUCUGGCUUAGAGGAAUCUUUCAAUUGGUUUGAAUUUGUUUAAGAGAGGUAGCAAAUGUAAAAUGAUGUUGUUAUGUUAGAUUCUACUAUAUGUCGCCUCAGUGAUAUAUGUUAAACCAGUAUAAUUUUUUCUUUGUCUUUUAUCAUUAUAAUUAACCCGUAUCUUGUUUUUAAGAAGGGUUUGUCCUUAUUUUUAGUGGAUUCUCAGUGGUGCAUGCAGGAGGCACACGUUUGAAAAAGUUAA